AUGAAUGGACCAAAUUCGAUAGCAAAAAGCUUCUUAAUCUUCACUUUAUUAUUCGUCGUCGAAUCGAUCGAUUUGGACCCAACAUCAACUGAACUUGACCUUCUUGAUUGGUCGGGUGGGAUUCGAGUGGCUUUUUGUACAGAUGCUCCUCUACCCGAUGUGAUCUCACCCUUCAGAAGAGCUUUAUCGAAAAUUACCACCAAAUAUUGUCAAAAUGUCACCGCUUGCAAUUUGAAGAAACAAGUCGUUUUCCAACCCGAACAAAUCUUGUUCAUCGAUGGUUUUCCAAGAAGAGAAUUUGGAGAGCUUCAUCUCAAAUUUCUCAUCGUUCUACCGCAUAGUUCGGUUUUGGAAACGAGACAACAACGGCCAUUACUGCCAAGACAAGUUAUUUCAGACAUGUUGGGAAAACAUCGAGGAGAACUCGCCAGCCGACUCGGAUGGAAUAUUCUUUCGUAUGAACGGUACCCCCGUUUCGAUCCAAUGACCGAAUUCAUGAACAUCGCCAUCAUUCCAAUCAUCAUUUUCUCGAUUCCACUAAUGAUCUUCUUGGCCUAUUGGACUUCAACGCUAAGACCAAACAUGGGAAGUGAAUCUUGGUUGGUGACUGGAUCGUCAGGUGGGAAAAACGCGGCGCUCAGACGAACAAUGGAGAUAAUCGCCGAGCAGAACGAAGAGAUCAAACGACAGGAAAUGGCUGAUCGUAUGAGAGACCUCAAGAUAACGGGAGCGCACGAGGGUUUGAGUGCACCAGCGCAUUUGUUGCUGAAUGUGGCUAGGUUAUCGAUAGCUUCCUCUUCCUAUUCGGCAAAUCUACAACUGAGCCCAUCUCAACCACAACUUCAGCCAAUGUCUCCACCACCGGUAAUCAUUGCCCCGUCAUCGAGAAGAUCAUCGACUAUUUCUGGGGCAGCAUCACAGCGACCACCGAGCCCACCAUCUUCUAGUUCGAGUCAAGCGGCUCAACGAGGACUCCUCCAAAUGAGAGAUGCGAAUCCGCACUUUAAAGGAUUGCACCCGGGAAAGAGAGAUCGAAGAAGCUCACGGAGACAAUCAUCAAUAGAAGGAGCUCUUGAUAAACGAGCAAGGAAAAGAGGCCUCUCCAUCUCCUCGGCGCCCGGUGCUCAACGUUGGAAGACUGGCUCUCUUGUGCUCAGCCGCGGCUUUCGGAAG